AUGAGGUGUUUAAAAAUUAGGGAACUUAAUCAUUUAAUUUGUAAAUUUUUAAAAGUAAGAAAUGUAGCUUUCGAACAUUCCAGUUAUGGGCAAACGGAAUGUUCAGCUGCCGGUACAAUAUCGUUGCCGUUCGACACACAAGGCGGGCAUGUUGGUGGACCUGCGGCUUGGGCACAAGUGAAAUUAAUGGAUGUCAAAGAACUGGGUUACAGUGCGGAAGAAAACAUCGGCGAAGUGUGCUUCCGCGGCGCAGCUCUUAUGAAUGGUUAUUUUAAUGAUCCAGAACAGACUUCCAAAUCAGUUGAUAAUGAGGUAAUCAACUGUGAAUUUAAGCUUCAUUCAAUAAAAAAAUUCGGCAAAAGGUGCUCUCAUCUUGUCUUCUCAAUAAAAAAUUUGUGGUUUGAGAAUUUUUUUGAAGAAAGAGUGUUAUGAUC